GCUCUGUCUGUUAAGCGGCUGCAAUCCGCGCGCGGGGGGGACCACGGCGCGCGCGACGCGUCCCGGCUCUGGCGCCAUUUGGUUGAAACAAAAGCCGGCCAUGGGGCGCGUGCCCAAGCGGGCGCGGGUUAGGGUGUGAGCGGUCGCAGUGUGCGCGUAGUUUUUGGCGGCACAGAAGGCACGCAAACCCAGGGCAAAACAGAUGGCCGCAGCUGGCACGUACCACGAGAAGGCGGCGGCCUGGGCCGAAGUGGAGCAGCUCAGCAGCCGGGUGCCGUCCGAUGACGAGGGGCCGAAGGCGCACAACCACACGCACGCAGUCGCUUGGCCGUGAUGGGAGACGGAAGAAGGAGCAAGCUCGGGCGCCGGGGGAGGGGAAGGAAGCGAGGAACCCGAGAAGGGCCCGGGCCCGCCCUCCUGCGACCGUAUUGCGUUGGCGCUCGCGGUUGGGGCCUGCCAGGUCGGCCCGGGGCCCUUGCUGGCAGGCGCCUGCCGCGCAUGGUAGUGGCGCCGCGGCCCACGAGCCCCCGGAAGCGGGAGGCCCGGCCCGCUUGGAUAGGAUGGCGUGGGGCGCCCGCCCGCGUUCGUAGGGCCUUCCUUCAGUCUAUGCAGUGCUU